CUGGACGCGGAGCUCGAACGAAAGCUCCUGGACGCGUUCGCGCCCGAGGUCCACGAGGCGGGCGACGUCGUCGUCUGGCAGGGCGACUGGGGCGACGCGUACUACGCCGUCGAGAGCGGCGCCGUGGAGAUUCUCGUGGACGGGUCGCGGCCGGACCGCAUGGCGCCGAUCACGUCCGGCGGCGGCUUCGGGGAGCUCGCGCUCGCGCUCGGCACGCGGCGCGCGGCGACGGCGCGGUGCGUCGUCCGGGCCAAGGUCUGGAGCCUCACGCGGUCCCGGUACCGGUCCACGCUCGGCGCCGCGGCCCACGCCUCGCGCAAGGGCCGCGUGGAAUUCCUGCGGUCCGUCGAGCUCUUCAAGAUCCUCAGCGACACGGCCCUCGAGAAGCUCGCGGGCGCGUUGACCGAAAAAGUCUACGCGGGCGGCGCGGUCCUCAUCAAGGAGGGCGAGGUCGGCGACGCUUUUUACGUCGUCAACGUCGGCGUCGUCGAGGUGACGACGAAGGCCGGAGUCGGGGUCGUCGACGACAAGGGCGCGCUCGUCGCGGAGCUCGGCGAGGGCGCGUACUUCGGCGAGACGGCCAUCCUCAAGGACACGCCGCGGAACGCGGACGUCGUCGCUUUGGAGCCCUGCGGUUUAUUGAAGCUGACGCGCGACGACUUCGUGAAGCUCCUGGGCCCGCUCGAGGACGCGCUG